UUGAACAAUUACUUAGUCAUUUUUGCAUCGCAUUGUCUUAAAUAUAUGGAAAAUAUAUUUCUAAUGUCUGGUAUUAAAUUUACAUAAAUUUCUUGCAUCGAAAUAUCAUCGAAAAAUAUAUUUACAAUGUUUACUUCAUAUGCAACGGCAUCGAAUUUACGUGGUUGUUUUUGUUCACAAUUGGGCUGUUCAAAGUGUCUUCAUUUACGCCGACUUUGAUAGCACCUAUUGAUAUAGGACAUGAGAAUGAACCACAGGAGUGAAACUUCGCUUUUUUGUGAAUACAUUGAGACUGUUGAUUUUCUUCAGCAUUUCAGAAACAUUUCAGGCACUUUACCAGGAUUCCAUUCAAUCAAGUCUAAAAGAAGAUCACAGAAUUUUCGAAGAAUGAAAGGCAUCCAGGCAAAAUGAGAGCAUGUUCUGAUGGAAAGUGAAGCAUCUAUCACGCCCCAGCAGGAUAUUAUUUUUAUACCUUACACUAGCAUUUUGCUAAAAGAGAAACAUAUAUCAAAGACAUGACUUUUUAAAACAAAAACACACAUCUUAAGAUGUUUUUAGAUGACUGGUUUUCAUUUCAAAAUUAUGACAGAGUUGACUUAUAUAUCACAAUAUGCAUUAAAACAAAAGCUUUUCACGCUAGGUUCAGUCUAUUGUUUGCUUUUCAAUCCAAAACCAUGCUUCAGUGCCUAUAUGUUAGACAUAGGUAUCCAUGUUUCAUGUUGGCAUAUAUAUACAAAAUCAAAACGUUCCGUAGAAUGGAUAUACGAAAGUGAAAUAUUUAGAAACAUGAAAUGAAAUUUCUAUAAAAAACAUCGCAAAGUCGCUGAAAUAGAUUAAAAAUGGCGGGGAUAUUUGGUGAUGCAAGACAUGCAAAGAAAGAUGUACUGGCUGACAUUGUGACAAUUAAGCACGGGUACGAAAACUGUAUAAUGGACGCUUCGAUUAGAAAAGCAGUUCUUACUGCGUCUGAGAAAGAUGUUAAAGAAGAUAUGGGAGCAAUUAUAGAGAAGUUGCAAAUGUUGUUAAAAGCCAUACACAACAACGCCCGCUACGAAGCAUCACAAGAAGUUAAAAAAGAAACAGAGAAAAUUAAUGAUGAAAUAAUAUUCCUCGAAGAGCAGUACAAGAGCCUUGAAGAAAUGGAGGAAUAUGUCAAAGAAAAGACAUCAAAUACAAAUAUGAAACCACUAAAGGAAGGAAAAGAAAAGUGUGAAUAUGCAAGAGAAAGACUCGACGCACAUAAAGAAGGCAUUACGAAGAAAUCCGCGAAAUUUGUGCUACAUCCGAUGCUGACUCAAAUUUUAGAGCAGAUGGAGACGUUCGCUAUGGGGAGCACAAUGGUAUUACCGGUAGAAAAUGGUCCCUCUGAAAACUGCGACGAUGAAGAAGAUUUUGAAGAAAACAGCAGCUUGUUCGAAACUAUGAGACAGGAACCAACAACAGAUCCAAUUAAAACAACUUUCAUGCGAUCAAACUCUUCCAAAUUAAUACAAUUACCAGAUAAAAAACAGAGACCUACGCCAUCAAGGCAAAGCUCGAAACUGGGUAAUUCAGCUGUAUCAAAGCUGACUACGUCGAGACAAAAUUCAAAGUCAGAAUCAACUAUAUCCACACCCAGGUCAUCAGAAACUACUGAGAAAAAGUCAAAACUUAUAAAACGCUCGAAUACCAAUGUUUCUGUUAUAAAAGAAGUUAAAGAGGAUAAUAUGAAAGAUCGUUACAGAGCUAUUGCAGGACUUAGAGCAACACUCACAGAACGGUCCACUUCUGUUCCACUCCUGAAUCUAUCUACAAGAAGGGUCAGUGUCUUCGAAGAAAAGAAAACGGAAGAUAAAUCACUUUUACAGAUAAAAUAUAGAGAAGCUUUGCAGACGAAAAAACAUGCCAAUGGGUGUUAUAUAACCGGUAUUGCCACUUUAUCGAACGGAACGGUUGUACUCUGCGACAGCGUACAUGAUUCGUUGCAGUUAUACGACCCAGAAAUUCAACAGAUAUCAGAGAUGAACUGUCCUCAUCCGUGGAGUGUGGCUGCAGUAUCAGAUACCGCGGUAGCCGUUACGCUGCAUUAUGAUCAUAAACUGAUUCUAGUUAAAGCAGCGAAAACGCUUGAGCGGAUAAACGAAAAGGAUAUCGUUUUAAAAUGCAAUGCUUCUCUGGCGUAUGAUGUAAAGUACUAUGCCUACAGAUUAUAUACAUUGUGUAUUGAUGGCGAUGUCCACAUUCUGGACUUGAAAGGCAGAGAAUAUGGCGUCAUCAAAACAAGAAUGCCGACAAAUAGUCUGAAAUACUUUGAUAUUGACUUAAAGAAAGAGAACGUUUUUGUAUCAGGCGAAAAAGGAAUCGCUUGCUUGAAUUUCCAAGGGUUGCCUCUGUGGAAUUUCAAAACCCAAAACAAGUCAAGAUUUGUCUGCACCGGUGUUCUCGUGUGCAAAGGAUGCCUGUUGGUCUGUGAUUGGGAGAAUAACAGUUUGGUGGAGAUUUAUGAUGAUGGAAAAAGUAUGAGAACAGUGUACAGCGAGAGGAUAGAAAAACCUGUGGCAAUGUGUCAAUCUGAAAAUGGUGGAGAUAUAUUCCUCACACAAGGAGAUUAUGACUUAUCGGAGGAAAAAGCUAGGAGUGUGAAAGUUUUGCAAGUUGACCUCAAAGAAAAUUAAUAUACAUGCUAUGUAUACAUACUAUAUGUGCUAUCAAAAUUUGAACUUCUUACCGGUGUUGUUUUCUUGCGCACUUGCUAUUCUUUGAAUUAAUGACUUUUAUAUAACUGUAAUUAGAGGACGGGGUUAUGAAGUUUAUAAUCUUGUGAUCACUUUUGAUAAUUUACUGAUUAUGUAUGUAUAUUAGAAUCAGAUACAGCAAAUAUUCUGAAUUUAUCAACCCACUCUAAUAUUUUACGUUUCAAAGUUAAAACUGACUACUAACUGAAAGAAUUAAAAUGAAAGGAAUUUAAGAAAAUGCAGCCUAUUUUAGAAACUAGGAAAUAUCAAUCGCUUGUCAUUUAUUUAUUGAAAAUGACUUAUGUGUGUUAUUUCAUUUGCUUCGAGUUAUAGUUUGCGAAGUUCAACAAGUGCAAAAUGUAAAUAUUUUUCCCGUUAUUUUACCUGGUUUGUUUUGUGAGUGUUUGUUAUUUAUGUUACUGUUGCUAGAUUUCAUUUAUAAAAGAUCACAGUGAAAUACUCA